UGGCGACACAUCCAACACAGUUUUGUGGAGGUCAGUGUUUACUGCUCUUGAAAUGCUUCGGUUAUAUGUAAUGUAACGUUUUGUUUAACCUAAGUCCAAACGCAACUUCUUUUUUUGGCAACCGAGCCUAUAAGACUGCUUUGAGCUUCUAAAGAAUCCCCAAGAAAUGAGAGAAAUUUUGUGUGCACUGUGUGGUUUUAUGUACUAGAGAUAUCAGGUUGCUAUCUUCGUUUCUAUCAACAGAUUGUCAUGCUCCCCUUUAAUAAUAACUGGUGCAGUGUUGCAGCUUAAGUUUUAGGUUAAUGAGAAGAAAGCAACACAAGCAUACUGCACCCAAGUUGAAGCUAGAAAAACUUAUAGAAGAGUAGCUUCAACGUACAAGAAACCUGAACCUGAACUCUUCAAAUCCCAUGGCGGUGCUCAGAUCAUUUGUUGCUUGCAAAGGCUUGGUGCUGUACACCCCAGUGAUUGCUCGGCGUCAACGGAACACGCCGAUAUCUGCAUCGGUUCAUCGCCGGCAAGUCCUUACCGGCUUAAGGAUGAACUCAUCGGGCAUCAACAACGUUUUUCCGGUCAGAGGAGCAGCACAAAUCUCUGCAGUUGGUUCUGGUCCUCCAGCACCGUCAGGAGGAAAUCUCCCAAUACCCAGCAUGCCUUCAUGGGCCAAAUGGGUGGUUGGUGCCAUCAUUGUUGCCAUACCCAUCUACAGAAAGAUAAGAACAUUGGAAGACACCGUCGAGAAGACGGCCGAGGUAGCAAUCGAGGUGGUCGACACGGUGGCGGAGGCAACUGAGAAGGUCGCCGGCGAGCUUGCCGACGCGUUCCCCGGCAACGAAAAUCUCAAGGAGGCUGCCUCCAUGAUUAAGACCGUAGCCGAUGUGAUAGAGGGUGACGCCGAGAAAGCCGAGGCCAUAAUCCAGAAGGUUGAUGAGAUAAAGAAAGAGGUAGACGGAAUAGUGGAUCCCAUCAUUGACAAGAUAGAGAAGGAACAGUAGAGGAGCCCUGCUGCCAGGACGAGGAAGAACGCACACAGAAACUAAACAUGAUACUCCUACGAUUCAAUUCAAAUAUACCAGCAAAGAAAAAAUAUAUUCCUAUAAUUCAUUACUUUUCCAAUUUGGUAGCACCAGGACAAAGUAGAAAUGCUUGUCUGAUGCCAUGGCGUUGGCUUAUAAAACCAUCGAUUGAUUGAUGUAUAUGCCUGCACUGCAGGCGUGUGUUUGUACAGUUUUAGUAGGGCGGAGCCACAAGAAGAUAAAUGGAGUACACAUCAUACUCUGGUGGUCGACAAAAUAUUUUCAGUGCCGCUGCGUGCCGGCGUGCCGCUUGCAGCCAUAAAGGUCAUCGCAUGCGCCAUGCACGGGAGACCAAUAGACCAUGGAUCCAUGGCUCGAAACUGGAACUGGAAGCUAGGUUACGUGCUUUAUGGUACUACGAAGGAGCAAUUGAAAUGCUCACGAGCUCAGUCCCAUGCUAGAGUUUAUAGUUGCAAUUACCCACCACGACUGACUAUACAUAUCAUGACAGAUUUCUCGCCCUAAAUCACACGAAUUCUAGAUGGCUAUAAGCCUAUGAGUGUUUUA